AUGCAUAGUUUCUACGAUAUUGGAAGAUGGAGUUCGGUCGCGAUAGCAUCGUUAUCGAUGCUGUGUUGGCAGACAUAUGCUCAGACCCUCACACCCUCGAACGACACCUCGGAUCUUUAUUCGGCUGCGACCUCGCCCAGAUUCAUAUUGAACGGCACGGAGUUCUCCAGUAUCAAAUCCGUGGAACUGGCACCUUUGGGAGUCUAUGCCGAAAUGUCGCAUAGUAGCUUCUUAGCAGUCGAUGUUUCAGGCCACCUAGCAAACGUUGAUGCAAGCAAUGCCAACAGCAUCACGGAUGAGAGUCAAUUCUCCUACCUUUCUUGCGAUCCUUCAGCAUACAGCGGCGGCAACCUAGACGCAAGUGACGUCUUCAGAGUCGUCGUCAACUCGCCACGAACGAGCAUCGUCAUUCUGUACAGCGAAACUGCCAACCAUUGCACUGUUUCUGGACUCAGUCAACUCCCCACAAUCGGCGGUAUCCUGACCACCACAAACCCGACCACAGCAACGAAGCUCGCCAAGUUGAAUCUCGGUACAGGGAGUAGCGGGACCGCCAAUAUAUUUCCAGACUUGGACUCUUACACCAAUUCUACAAGCGGCAGUUUCAGUGGAACCGCUCUUGGCUCGUCUCCGACCACAGCGGUGGCAAUGAUCAUUCUCUACUCCAUCACUGGCGUCAUUACAGCCUUGUUCGUUGUAAUCAUUGUCACAGGUGCUGUCCGGGCACAUCGUCAUCCAGAACGAUAUGGACCUCGAAAUGUUAUUGGAAGAGGUCGACAAAGUCGUGCGAAAGGUAUCGCACGUGCCAUGUUGGAGACCCUGCCCAUCGUCAAGUUCGGCGAUCACGAUGAUUUGCCCAAGAAGCCUGCCGAGGGCUCUGAUCUUGAGAUGAACGCUGCGAACACGGAGACGCCGGCUACAAACGACGUCGAGCCCACCAACAAAGCUGUACCUGGACAACUGACCACCACAGAUGCCGCUGCUCAGGCAGGCGUUGCCGCCCACAAUCCGGAUGGGAGAGACGCUGAAGGGCACCUGGGAUGUUCCAUAUGUACCGAAGAUUUUAACAAGGGUGAAGAGGUUCGUGUCUUGCCCUGCAACCACAAGUUCCAUCCCGCUUGUGUCGAUCCAUGGUUAUUGAACGUCAGUGGGACAUGUCCGCUAUGUCGAAUCGACUUGAGACCACAAGACCAGGAAGGUGAUGUUGAAGGCGCUCAACGCAACGACUCGAGUACUCCGGUGCCAGCUGGGCAAGCUGCCUCGUUGCCGCCUCCGCUCGUUGGUGCCGAUACUACUGACGAAAGUGGUCCUCGUGGCGGACGGAGAGAGACCAUUGCCAACCUCCGCCACCUCGCCCAUGGCUCUCGAGAGGACCGCAUCGCCGCCCUGAGGCGGUUCCGGCAAGAAGGCCAAAGGUCGAACUCACCGCCGCGACAGUCGGACGAGGAGCGGUCUGGAUUAUCGCGACGGUUCAGGGAGCGGUUCCGAAUCAGAACCGAGCGGAGAGGGACGGCGGCCGAUCAGUCAGCUGCUCAAUAG